CCGAAAGAGCAACAAUUCCUUCACGUUAAACUGCUGGUUGACAUUCACGGCUUUCCUGGGGCUGAGUUCGAGCGUUUCUCCCUCCUACUAUUCCAUGAUGUAACUCUGUUCCAAUGAAAACAGGUGGAAUUCCCAGAUUCCUCCAAUCCCGAUCUGCCUUGAGAAUCCGUGGGAGAGAGUGAAGAGGCUGGUCAUGGCGCUGUAGUGAAGUUCGGCAGGGGAAAUUCGGCAAGACCAGAAAAGCACAAAUUUGGACUAUUGUGUAUAGUGUUUUUGGUUAUAAGUGCUUUUACGUUGUUGGAAGUAACCUUGGGCUACUUAUUUUUGGAAGUGAGUUGAUUCGCAAGAGAGCGACGAUUGUUUUUUAUCAGAACGGGAAGCCAGCCUACUUGCGUGAGCAAUAGAUACAAAGUUAACGUUCGUUACACCUAGCCCACUGGAUAUACUAGUGUGACAUUCAGGUGUGGGAUGAGUCCAGUUGCUACGAUGGACCACUGGAAUUAAGGAAUUUGGGACUCCUGAUUUUUGUCUGGCGGCGUUUUGGAUUAACAAGUAACGUUAAAUUCCUUUCCGUGUGUUGCGAAAACGGAAAGUCGGCAGUCAUGCCAGCGAAAACAAAGUACAAUCUUGUUGACGAUGGCCAUGAUUUGAGAAUUCCAUUGCAUAACGAGGAAGCAUUCCAACAUGGGAUCAACUUCGAAGCCAAGUACAUCGGCAGUCUGGACGUGGCGCGGCCGAACAGCAGAGUGGAGAUCGUGGCUGCUAUGAGAAGAAUACGGACUGCUUUUUAGAUUAGCCAAACCCGUAGUGAUCCGCUGCUCCAGGAGCCACAGAGAGUAUGAAUUCAAAGUGAAGAACAUCAAGAAGAAGAAGGUCAACAUCAUUGUCUCAGUGGAUGGAGUGAAGGUGGCACUCAGAAAAAAGUUAAAAAAGAAGGAGUGGACGUGGGAUGAGAGUAAGAUGAUGGUGAUGCAGGAUCCCAUUUACAGGAUCUUCUAUGUGUCUCAUGACUCCCAGGACCUGAAGAUCUUCAGCUACAUCGCCAGAGACGGACAGAGUAACAUCUUCCGUUGUAACGUCUUCAAGUCCAAGAAGAAGUCCCAGGCCAUGCGUAUCGUGCGGACGGUGGGCCAGGCGUUCGAGGUGUGUCAUAAACUCAGCUUGCAACACACACACCAGAACGCAGAUGGACAGGAGGACGCAAACAAUGACAAGACCUGCAACGAGGAGUCCACGCUCUCAGCCCGGGAGUUAACGGGAGCGGAGAAGUCGGCGGUUGCUGUGGAGACAGACAUCGAUGCGGAGGAGGCUCCCUUACCAUUACCGGACAGUACUGUUGAGGAGUUUAACCGCGGCGUCACUGACCUGGACGGAGUGGAUGCUACCGCCAAGACUGACCACACACACUUCAACAAUAUUGACAACGACAAGAAGGUUCCAGAGGAGGCCUCUCUGCUGCUUGCGUCCCCCAGGAUGCUGCUGCCGUCAUCGGGUACUCUGCCUCCCACCACCCCCCUGUCAGUCCACCACCAGAUCCAACUGCUACAGCAACAACUACAGCAACAACAGCAACAGACACAUGUAGCCGUGGCACAGGUGCACCUGUUGAAGGACCAACUGAGUGCGGAGGCUACAGCCAGACUGGAGGCCCAGGCCAGAGUGCACCAGCUGCUGCUCCAGAACAAGGACCUGCUGCAGCACAUCUCCCUACUGGUCAAACAGAUCCAGGAGCUGGAGGUCAAAAUGUCAGGACCCUGCUCUAUGGGUUCCCAGGAUAGUCUGUUGGAGAUCACUUUCCGUUCCACCGUCCCCCCAGUUUUGUGUGACCCUACGACCCCGCGACCCCAGGACCAUGUCAACCUCACCCUGCCAGCGCUGGGCAUCAACAUGGGCAUGGGCCAGGAUGGGACGGCCGCCCCACUCUCCUCCUCCUCCCUGCCCCUAGGCAACCACCUAGUUGACCAGAGUAUGUUUGAGAACUCCAACGCCUCCAGAGCUCCAGCCCAGGGGCUCCAGGCCUCCAGGUUGACCCAGGCCUCGGCUCGCCGCUCCCUGGUCACUGCUAACCCUGCCCUGGGUAGCAGCCCUGCCGAGGCCCCCUCCUCCACCACUGUCGCUGGAGGUCCGCAGAGGCUGAAGAACGCCCUAAACCUGGGAAAGGUGGUGGGGGCAAAGGUCAAUGACCUGCUGCGGAGGAAGGAGCCCAGUCUUCUAGGAGACAUCGGGGUCACAGAGGUCAACAAGAACGUAGGAGCAGUCUGGAGCAAUAUGGAGGAGAUGACCCUGGGGACUACUGCCAAUAGUCAUACCUCUCUGGACUCCUUCCCUCGUCUGGACCCUCCUCCCCCCGGUAAGAAGCGUCUUCCUCGCGCCCUGAAGACCACCCAGGACAUGAUGAUCUCAUCUGACCCUGUCGUCACCACUCCCCCUGAGACCCCUGAUCACUCCCUCUCCUCCCCUGACAAGACCCCCCUCAUUAGCAAGGAGCAUACCCCACCCCAGGGAGAGAGGGAUGGAGAGAAUGAUGGAGGGAGAGAUGGAUUCACCGGACUGACUGGCCCUCUGGACAGCGAGAGGAAAGAGGAGGAUGAGGUGGUGGAGAUGGAGAGAAAUGGAAGUAGUAAGAUGGAUGGAGUGGAAGGGGAUGAGACGGAAGAGAGGAGAGAGCCAGAGAAGACCCAGAUUCAGCUCCAGCUCUCUGUCCCAGACCUCAUCCAUAAGGACCACCCGGACCCCCACAGGUCGAAGACGUCAGAGCCCAGGCAGAAGGCACCGGGAGUGGACACGAGGCUGGCCUCCACCCCUCUGAAGGCUCCAUACAGGAUCAGUCUGAGUGUGAGUGAGGAUGGGCUGAUGGAGAAUGGCUCCCUCUGUAUGAGAGGAUCAUCAGUUACAGACACAGAGGAGCUUGAACAACACCCCGACCUGCUCUCCUUUGAGUAGAGACACACAUAAACACACACACACCACAUACAUACAAACAUACACACAUACAUGGAUACAUACACACAGACAGUGAUGUGGUGAGGACUUGGCAGAGGGAGAGAAGACAGAAAUUGUGUGUGCGAGAAAAUAAGAGGGAGAGAGGAUGUUUUUGACUAGACCCUAGACUUGGGUUAGGGCACAGGGAAAUAGAUUGUGAUGUUGUGUGUUUGUAUGUGAGUGGGAGUUGGAUAUAGUGGUAGAGGAGUGUAUUAAGGAAGGGUAUGUGUGAGAUAGGUAGAGAGAACAAGACAGACCGGGAAGGAGUAUCUAUUUUAGCAUCAUGAAGGGACAGACCACAGUGGCUUAGAAUCUUUUCAAGAGAACCAAAACCUCCUGGUCUGCCAAACAUUGUUUUAUAACCUUGUUUUAAGUCAUGUUUUAUAGUGUUCAUCUUAGAAGAUAAUGCUGAAGGAAGAUUUAUACCCAAGGAUUCUAGAUAUCUAGAUUUCAAAUAAAUAAUUUGGAAUGUCAUAGUACCCUUUCAUGCUGAGACAGAAUGUAUUUUUUAUGAUCUUUUAUAAUUGUUGCCCCUCAGAAAAUGUCAAACCGUCAGCGCUAAAUAUGAAAACAAAAGUGAACAUAACCAGUAGCAUAACACAGUUUUGCGGGGCCACCUCGCAAGGUCUUGUGUGGAUUACGGGGGUGUCUGGUACGCCAGUGAACACGACAUAAACACUGAUUAAUAUGAUUCAACACCACAAGCUCUUUCUCUGUUUUUAUACGCCCACUGUUGUGAUCCUCAUUCUCACCCUUCAAGUGGAGACAUGUAUUGUGGGAGACGUGCGAUUGGGUUUGUUUCGCCUGUGUAUGUGUCUGGUUUAUGUUUGUUGAUCGACGGUCAUUGUUUUAGUAGUGCCACUCACAGUCCUGUUGUUUUAUUUCCUUUUUAUGUGUCAUCUUAAAUUUGUAAUUUGAUUAGAAGUAAUGGUCAUUCUGCAACAAAAAAAGUUGUAAAAAAUAUAUCACAAACACACAUAGUAGGACAGAAUGAGGGGAAUGUAAGGCAUGUCUCUCCCAGAGAAAGGAGGUUUUGUCUGGGGCUGCUAUUCUCACUUACAGGCUCCUCACCACUGUACUCAUCUACCCCUUCUCUUCCCCUCUCAUCCACUCCUUCCUGAGAUGAACAAACAGAUAGAAUCCACUAUCACAGCCCUUUUAUGCUCCUAUCACAGAUUGAGAUUAAUGAGACUUUAACCAGUGUUUCACAAAACUGACCGUAGAUCAGUGUGUCAGGGGAACUACUACUCUAAUAGACAAUGCUUAGUUAUCCUGGGUGGGGUGUAUGUGGAUCUGUGCUUCCGUCAGUCAGCACACAGAAUAUUAGUCUGGACCCAGUAUUUCUGGAAUGUAGUAGCCAGACACUGAGACUGGAGAGAGAGAGAGAGAGAGAGAGAGAGAGAGAGAGAGAGAGAGAGAGAGGGGGGGGGGGGGGGACAACAUGAAGUUUGAUACCAUUGGGAGUAUUUACAUCCAGAUUGUUCUUAGCCUAUUGUAUCAACCGAGUGUUUUCCAAACCGUGGGUCAUGGGACCUGGCUGAAAACGUCUGUGACUAAAAACAUGGAUUUGUGUGAUUGGAUGUUGGAAAGGCUAUAUGUAUGUCAAUGUGUUAUUAGAUCAUCUGUUUGAUAAGGCAACCUAAUCAUGAUGUAAACUAAAGCAAUAAUUGAUAUAUUUUUAAAUGAAUCAAUCAUUGUUUGUAGAGUCUAGACGGGUGUUGGCGUUAUAUUGUUAUUUCUAAAUGAGAACACUAAAGAGGACAGUUGCUUAUAAAGCUACAUUUUACAGCAUCAACACAUAGCUUAUCUGUAUCAAUACUAUGCUGACCACUUAAGUUAUAUCAGAUCUUGAAAUGUGAAGGAAAAUACUGUACAUUUGUGGAAAUAUUUUUACUACACCUUUAUAACGUCUCUGUAUAUGAAAAUCGUUUCACAUCUUAUUAAGAAAUGAAUGAAAGUGAUUUAUUUUGAAAUACAAUUUAGUCAUAAAUCUCGUAGAAAAUGUUUCUAUUUAGCUAGUUGUAAAGAUAUUUGAUUGAAAUGGAAUGAUAUCACAUACUGUGCAUUUGAUUUGUUAUGAUUGAUUUAUUCAUAAUUGUAGUUAUUGUUUUAAGUUUUGUAUUCUACAAGAUGGUCAAUAUAAUUUCACUACUCCGCUGUUGAAUGAAGGAAAGCUAUAAUGAGCAACAAUGAUGUGGAUGUGUGUGACUGUAAGAGAGAGAAAGAAGCUUUGUGGUGUAUUUUGAGAGAUAUGGACCGUUCUGAUGAAGACCUUUCACUGGAACAGUUUUUCUAUUCAUUAUUUGUAAUACAUUUGGGUCACCAUGUGUUACAACAAAUCUGUGAUUUAAAUGGUUGUUUUUGAUUUAUUUAGAUUUUAUUGUUUUAUGAUUCUCUGUUUUUUAACAUUGGGGAAAUAGUUACUCUUGCUACUGGAAAAUAUAAAGUUUUAAAAAAUGAAAUAUGACUCCUUGUGCCUGUAACUUAUGGACGAAACGGAGAGAACUUAGCGCUCUUCUCUCUUUCCAGAAGCUUUCCUGUCUAUAUCGGGCCAUACAUAUGUAGGAUCUUAAUUUGAUCACUUUUUUUAUUGCUGAAAAAUGUUGCUGCAUGGCAGGAAAUACAAACUUGUAAUGUUUUCGAGGUUUAAAAAUGCUUCUAACAUUUGUAAUUUCCACUUUAAAAUGUCAGCCUUGAUUUGCCCUAACCAAAAAUAUAGCAACCCCUACAAAAAUGUACAUUAAAGAUGCACUAUGCAGAAAUCGCUUCACCAUUUCCUGGUUGCAAAAUUCAAAUUUCAGUUUAUGUGACAAAACAAGCGUCACGCCCUGACCUUUAUUUCUCUAUUUGGUUAGGUCAGGGUGUGAUCUGGGGUGGGCAUUCUAUGUUGUCUAUUUCUUUGUUUUUGGCCGAGUAUGGUUCCCAAUCAGAGGCAGCUGUCUAUCGUUGUCUCUGAUUGGGAAUCAUACUUAGGCAGCCAUUUUUGUUGAGGGACCUUUUUUUUGUUAGUUGCUGUGUGAGCGCUACAUUACUUAACGUGUCGUUUAUCUUUCUUGUUUUUUUGUUGGUGUUCAUUUAAUAAAUUUAAAAUGUACGCCUACCACGCUGCACCUUGGUCUCAUUCGAACGACGGACGUAACAACAAGCAAGUACAGUGUAGAGAAUUAUUGUACCAUUUUCAAUAACCAAAAAUAGAUUAUUUUCCGCUGUUUGAAGCUGGUCUACCAAAAUGAAAGUAAAAGACUUAAAAACUAAACUUAAGAAUGGGAAGCAUAGAAAUAACGCAUAUUGAACAGAUCUACCACUUCCUAGAUUGCUUUCAAUGAGAAUGACAGAUCUGUAACUCACAUUUCUAUGUGAAUUUGGUAUGGUACCCCCAAAAAAUAUUGCAACUGUAAUUAUAAUCCACAUAAUAUUUCACAUUUCUUGUUGCUGCAGGAAUAUUUUCCUGCUGUAUCAAACUGGCUCAGAUUAAGAUCCUACAUCUGUCUCUUACCCUCACACAUAACCAUGGCAACUUGUGUCACAUUCAAAAGUGCCACUGUGACAGCCUGUUCUGCUGAAUUUAGGACACUGGAAAGUUUAGAGACGUCCAUCAAAUAUAAUUUGAUUUUUCUUUGCAAUCACCCAUGUUUAUGUUUCCCUUCAUGCAGAAUGACGAUUAAGAGCAGAGGCAGAAAUUACAUGGCAAAUGUGACCGACUGGCUCGAGUCUGUCUUGUGUUUUUACAUUGGAUAAAAGUAAAGACAGAGCUAGAAAAUGGUAUAUCUUACACUACAGUUAAGGAGCAAUGGGAAAGUAAUUCUGCUUUGAAACUUGAUAAACUUGUAACCUCACUUUUGAGAAAAUGGCCCUUGAAUGUUUUGGUUAACCUAUUGGAGAGCCCUUCAGCAUUGUUCAUAUCCUCAUUGUUGUUAUGAAAAAGUAUAAACAGAAAAAUACAGGCUGCAUGACAUCAGCAGCCUGGUGGUCCAAAAUAGCAUAACUAGUGUAUUUUAACACCAAUUAACCCACCUGUUUAAAAAUGAAUUUAGUAUAUGUCAAUCUAGCAAACCAGGGAACUAAAAGCAACUUUUUAAAUAAUGUUUUGUUUUGUUUAUUAGCUUGUUCGCUAGCUAGCUAAUGUUAAGUUAGCUGGCUAGCCAGUUCAAGUAAUGACCAUAUCAUAAAGAUGACAACGUCUUCGCUUUAGCUCAUUUGUCUUCAUUAUUACAGGAAAAUAAACUCACGACAAUAUCAUUAUUUCCAAGUUAAUAGCAAGCCAAUUACAGAAAAAUAGCUUACGAUUGUGAGUGUGAGGAAAUAAAAGCAGCACUCUACCAGAGCAUUUUAGAACUUGGAUACGUUAUAGCCUAAUUUGACAUUUGUGCAGGUCAUGUUCUUCACUUUACCGUCUCUGGUAAAUAUAUACUAUAUAAAAUAAACGUUUAUUUGUCACAUGCACAGGAUACAGAAGGUGUUGUGAAAUGGUUACUUGGAUUGUAAAGUAUUUUGUUUAUACAUCUAGCUAGCUAGCUAAACAAUGAACUAUAAUUCCAACUCAUAACAUUACUACCCUUCAUGAAUCUGCAAGUAGCUAACCAACCAGGUUCAAUGUUAGCUAGCUAACAAUAGGCUAUAACUAGCAAUGCAAAUGGCUCUGAGACACUAAUAAUAUUACCACACAGAUAAUACACGUAACGUUAGCUAGCGAGCCAGUCAGCUAACGUUAGCUAGCUAACUUGAAAUUAAAAUGACUUUCUGAUCAAAUCUGAAAAUGUAACUAACUAGACUAUCUUACCCGUCCGUAUACAUGGAUGGACUCUUCUCCCUCUUUGCCACUGAUGCCAUGGUUUCCCUUAGUUUGAAGAUGUAAUCAAGAGACAGGUGUUUUACACAACAGCCUUCUGUGUGUUCUGUUUUUGACUCCCUCUGCAUAUUUACAAUCAAACGGCUGAAUUUUCUCCAUAUCCUUAGCUAUCAUAUUCUAAUUCCAUCGGGCAUUCCACUGAUUUCAAAACUCAGUCCUCCGGAAAGUGGAGAGCAACACUUUUGUAAUUCUACUAUGUGAUAUCUUUCAAAAAAGCAGCGUUAGAAAUGAUUGCCUACACAUACUGACCAGCUCAUGUUAUAGACAGAAGUGUGCUACAUGGCAGACCAAUCCAAACUCCUCUCUUGGCAUGUCCAGCCCAUCCAUUAUCUCAUUAUCUCAGCCAAUCAUGGCUGUUCAUAAUUGAACAACUGUAUUCGUAUUUACAGAUGGCAUACAAAUGUAUUAUUAAGGCACGUGAAAGUUGACAUGUUCCUGAAGGCAUUUAUGCCAAAAAACACAUUUUGUUAAAAAAAAA